AUGUCUGAGAACGUUGGGUCCGAUUGUAUAGCUUUGUUGCUUCUGGCCCUCAUAGAGGCGUGCCUGUGGUGUGUGUUUCUGCUCAGUCCGCUCCGAAGUGUGUGUGUGUCGCUGUCUUUUGCAGGUGCUGUGGAGUGUGUUGCUGUCCGGUUGGAUGCUAACUGUGUGGUUCUCUUUCACAGGUGCAAGUGUAACCUCCAUGCUGACCAGUGCAUCAGCCGCGACGGGACCCUGCAGUGCGACUGCCAGCACAACACCACGGGCCAGGACUGCGCGCGCUGUGAGAAGGGCUACAAGGCCAAGUCCUGGAAACCUGGCUCCUACCUGCCCACGCCCAACGGCUCACCCAACACCUGUGAAGCGGCUGGUUCGGUUGGCAACUGCGAGUGCUACGGCCACUCGAACCGCUGCAGCUAUAUUGAUUUCAUCAACAUUGUGACUUGCGUCAGCUGCAAGCACAACACUAGGGGGCAGAACUGCCAGCACUGCCGCCUGGGGUACUACCGCAACGCCUCGGCCGAGCUGGACGACGAGAACGUGUGCAUAGAAUGCAACUGCAACCAGCUGGGCUCCCUGCAUGCCCGCUGCAACGAGACUGGCUUCUGCCAGUGCAGAGACGGCACCGCGGGGCAGAAGUGUGAGGACUGCACCUUCGGUUACACCUGGAAACAGGGUUGCAUCCCUUACGUGUGUGAUGACGAGCUGCUGCUGUGCCAGAACGGCGGGACGUGUUUCCAGAACCAGAAGUGUCUGUGCCCGCCGGAGUUCAAGGGCGUGCUGUGUGAGCAGGCGCGCUGCGCGGGGCAGAAGGGCUGCAGCGGGGCGACCUCCUCCUCCCUCAGCCUGGGCGCCGCGCUGCUCUGCCUGCUGAUCCAGGGCCUGCUGCUAAGGCUGCCCGCCUGAGGGGGGGGGGGGAGAGGAGACAGCUACCCCCCCACCAACACCUCCACUACUACUACUACUAACCCACCACCCCCCUGCCCCACUCCGCCUGCCCGCAAGCAACCCCCAAAGGCUUGCGGUGCUGAUCUUCUCUGGGACGCUCUCCAUAAGUGCUCAGGGGUCAAAGGGCCGUGGGGUCAAGGUUCACCGUCGCCUUCACUAGGACGAGAGCGCUGCUUGCUCGUCACUUAUCUCUGAACGCCUGUGCUGCGAGGACUCAUACCAAAAAAAAAAAAAUUAAUGAAAAAUAAAAAAUAAAACAUUUAAAAAAAAAAGAGUAAGAAAUGAAUAGAAAAAGAUAUGUCUAUAAGAAAUGUCUACGAGAGAAAUAUAUAAAUAGAUGACAGUUUUUUUGCUCUUGUUGUAGUUUUGCGUUUACACCCACAGAGUUUCAGUACUGCACUUACUUAGUCAACUCGUUUUACAAAAAGUUAUGGUUGUACUCACCGCUGAGGUCUACUGAUGCCAAGUUAUCCACUCUUAAAGACUCCUCUCCACUCAUUCUCCUUACGUUGCUGCAUUUUUACUCGUCAAUCACCUGACAUUGACGCGCGUGGAGGAAGGAAGACGAGCCUGGUGUGUUUUUGACGUCCGUGGUUGUUUUGGCUGUGAGGAGGAAUGUGUCUGUACAUGCUGUAGUUAGUGGUUGCCAUUUAGUCUUUCGCAUGGAACCCAGGAAAGAGGACGAGCAGAAUAUGAUUGAAACUGAGCAAAUCUAUAUCUGUAUAUUUCAAAGGGGAUAUAUAUAUAUAUAAAUAUAUAUAUAUAUAUAUAUAUAUAUAUAAAUAUAACUAUUGUAUAUUAACAUUGUUUGAAUAUUUUUUGUAGAAAGUGUUAUUUUUGUUCUGAGUAAACCUUACCAUUAUAAAGAAAAUGGAGCCUUUGAUUAAGUAUCUCACAAUGGUUUAUGUACUACAGUAGAUUUAACAAUGCCUCUGAUCACCACUUGGGCACAGACAGUGAGAGAGAAGAGUGGUGCCGUGAGCACACACACACACACACACACUCACACACACACGGUUCUUCUGUGUGUUGAGCACGUGCCCCAGCGGAGCUCACGCCGAAAGACGUGUGAGCGUGCAUCGUGCAUCGUGCCCGUGCUGUGACACUCUUGAUCACUAACACCAGUAACUAGAGACAUCACUGUGAGCGCCUCUCCCCGCUGUCACCCCUCUCACGGUCACCAAUGGUCACCGACGCCACGGCAACAACAAACAAACAAACAAACAAACACCUGGAGGAGGCUGGCUGGCCACUCACACGCGCCCUGAGUGAGGGGGAGGUUAUCCCCAUCACCUCAGAGGUCUCUGUCAGACCCAGAGCCGCCGACCCACUGCUGCUGCUGCUGCUCCUGCCGCUGCUGUGACCCGCCACAAACUGGGCCGCUCCGGUUCUGGUUCCUUACGGGGCACGGCACAGGAAACACAGUAUUCAGCCUCCCGAAGGCUUCCUCUUUAACCAUGCUUCAGAAACCAGAGUCAUUCAUUCAUGUACUGUCAGCCUUCCAAAGAAUAAAACCUGACAAUCAGAAAGUA